AUGUUGUUUACUCGCUUGCGUAGUAGAAGUAGUAGUAGUAGUAGUGGUGGUGGUGGUGGUGUUGGUGGUGGUGAACAGAAUAGGGGUGAAGUAUUAGCCAAGAGAUCCAUGUUUCUAGUUUACGAAUUAUUGCCUGAUUCCAAGUAUGGUCAUACUGCACGUGGCUCAGGCAGCGGGUUAAACGAGGAUCCCACCUCUCGAUCCGCGGACCAGCCUCAGGGAAGUCCCCAGGGAAGCCCUCAGGGAAGCCCUCAGGGAAGUCCUCAGGGACGUAAGAAGGGAAGUCCUCAGGGAAGUAAGAAGGCUGAGGCUACUACCGGCCAGCAGACCGGGACGGUGAGGACGUCGAUGGCUAAUGCGGCUAAGACGCAGGGCAGUGUUAGAGGAGAAGAGCAGAGUAGUAUCGAACAAUGUGAGACGUAGAUACGAGGGUUUAUAGGAAAGUAAUCGCAAGACUGGAGAUACACCAUCUUAACUGUAAUAACAGCGCCUAUUAGUAAAGUUUACAUUCCUGACCUACCACAGCCCAAUCGUAA